GUCUGGGGUUGUUAUCCAGUCUGUUGCACUACUAUACCGUCGUGGUUGAAGGCAGCAUAAAAGUGCUCGCCUCGUCCCUGCUUCGUCGGUCUUUGGGCAUAAGCAUAAGCAUCCUCGUUUAGCUGUGCAAAUUCUUUGGUCUUUCUAUCUUACCACAGUCAAUAACUUUCGUCAAAAUGAAAACCACUCUCGGCCUCGGAUUCCUCCUCCUCGCCACCGGACCCCUCGUGUCGGCGGCCGUGGAACCACAGGGAAAUUCCGUCGAAUGCUGGAACCGAAUGUGCCGAACAACGUGCUACCCGUCGUCCGAUUACCGGCAUGGAAUCCCUUCAGGGUUAAAAGUCAAGGACGGGGAGAAGCAGAACUGGUGCUAUCUCAAGGUUGGAAACUGGAACGAGAAGGGGGAGACGAAAUUCUGCUCCCGCCAUAGGUGUACGAAUUUGGACCCUCAUAAUGAGUGUCUGGAUAAGGAUGAUGAUCCGAUUUUGGGAGGAUGCGGUGUGAAUGGGUCGUGAGUUGGCUUGCGCUUUUGUUUGGUGCUUGGUGAGACUCGGCUCAAUAUCAGUUAACGGGACAUGCUCUCUUAUGUCUAUUACGAAUGUAAUUUGUGCGUGGAGUUGAAGCAUCAGAUGAGCCGUUGGGGUGAUUGUUGGGGAAUUUGGGGGAAAUAUUCUUCGCAGAAUGUCUAUAAGUAUUUCACCUGUAUCAGUCACAUAUUCAC